AUGGCUGCAACAGGCCCCCCAAACCAGUGGAAUUUGCCUCUACAGACCCAGCACUCACAACCUGUGGCUCUUCCUCCUUCCCUCUUUCCUUCUUUGCCCUCCAAGGAGUUGGAAGAUGAAUUCCAGUCCGUGCUGUGCGAGGGCUGCCAGAAGGAAUCGCCCAACCUCAAGCUGCUCACCUGCCUCCACACCUUAUGCCUCAACUGUCUCAGCAAAAAGAAGCCCACCGGGCAGUGCCCCGUGUGCCAGACCGCCAUCCCAAAGGCCAGCGGCAUCCCUGGCAUGGACAACAAGCUGUUCACCAACCUUCAGGCCAGGCUCAGCACCUACAAGAAGAUCAUUAACAAAGCUGACUUGUUUUGUGACAACUGCAAGAAAGAGGCUGAGUUCUGGUGCUGCGAGUGCAAGGAGUUCCUGUGCACCCAGUGCUUUGAGGCUCACCAGAGAUAUCUGAAGAAGGAUAAUCAUGAAGCCAAGAGGGUGGCGGUUAUCAGGGCACAGUCAGCGAGCGACUUUCUUGAGGGUACCAGGAAGGCCAAUAACUUUUUCUGCUCCAAAGAGACUCACAAGAACGAGACAUCAAGUGUCUACUGCAAGAAGUGCUGCAAGGCCAUGUGCUGCGUGUGCGCAGUGCUCGACAUCAAGCACGCGAGCCAGCACUGUGACAUUGGCUUGGAGAUCCGGCAGCGGCAGGACAAGCUGGCUGCCCUCAGCCCGGUCCUCAAGGAGAAGAGAAGUAACUUCGUGGUCACCCACAGCGCCCUGCAGGCCAAGGCGGCCCACCUGGAGCAAGUGAGGAGCAAGACGCGGCAGGAGAUCCAGCAGCGUGUGGAGGAGCUCGUGCAGCUGCUGCGGCGCGAGGAAGAGGAGUUGCUGAUGCUGGUGGAGAAGCGGUGGGAGCAGGGCUGCCAUGUGCUGGCCGGGGAGCUACAGUACCUGGACAACGUGCUGCGGCGCAUGGAGGCCGGCAAGCGGCUGGUGCAGAAGAUGAGGCUCUACGGCACGGAUCAGGAGGUCAUGGACAUGCAGCCCUUCAUCAAGGCCUCGCUGGAGGAGCUGCAGAGGCUGCAGCCCCCUGGGGUUGGCAGCCUGGCCCAGCCCGACAGGCACUUCGCUGAGUGCCAGGCCAGGCUGCAGUUGCUGGUGGAGCGCGUGAUUGGGCACACAGAUAAUGAUAUUCUCGGCAUGAGCAGUGGUGAAGAGGACAGCAGUGAUACAGAAUCGUUGGACUCCAUUCUGCUAGACGAGCCCAACUGCAUGCCCGAUGAGGGCACAAACCCGCUGAGCAUUGCCAUUGUCAACGAGAGCGUGCUUGUCUCGAGACAAGAAUCCUUGCUGUUCUUUGAUGUGAAGAUUUCCAAAAGCAAGAUCGUUCAGUUGGUGGUGGUUGACAAAGAGAAACUUUUCCUAAUCAAAAUUAAUCUAGAGGAAUAUUUAUCCACCUCAAUAGAGAAAAAAUAUGUUUGUCAGCCUUCCUGGAGGAGUCUCAUUUCCCACCUCAAGACAGUUAACAAGCCCAUCCUGGCCGGAUUUGGUCUCUGGUCGCUCCCCUUCCCCACCCUCUUGAAAGCCCUGGCUGCAAUGGACAAGGAACGGGAAUUCAGCAAUGCUGUGUAUGGUUUCCUAGACAUUUUGCCUCUGAUUAAAGAGAAGAUCCCUGGAAGGGAUAAUUACAAGCUGAAGACUUUGGCCAACAUCUAUCUCCCUCGACAGCUCACUGAUGGCAACAUCACUGAGAAUGCGAAGGUUAUGCAGUCACUAUGCGAGGUCCUGGGAAUCAUCCCAUUGACAGAACCCAGACUGAUUUUCACCUAUGCCAACCUGGAGUGCUUCAUCUCUCUGGAGCCCUUGCUGGCUGAGAAGCUUCUCACCAAGCCAUCAGCCCAAACGCUGGCUGCUCAUGGUGUCGGCCUCUCUCAGCUCCUCUCUGUCUACAAGCUUGACCCCAUCAAAGGGCUCCAGAACGUGUGUCGUCUCGUCAAUGCAAAACGGCACAGCUCCAAAAAGAGGGUCCGAAACCUGAGCAAGAGCAAGGUCUUCUUCCAGCGCCAGCUGAAGCCAGCUGAAUGCCAGACCAACCCUGCAGACAGUGAUUUGCUGAAAAGAGUAAAGACUGAGAAAAACUGUUGA